AUGGCUUCAUCUCGUUGGUGGCUCUAUGUGCAGGCCGUCUUUUGGCGGUUCCUGAUGCGCAUUGGCAUGUUCCUACAUGAGAUCGGCGGAUCACCACCUCGACCGUUAUUCACCCGCACCGUUACCUCCGACUCCGAUGGCCAUCCCAUCGUCCUCCACUUCUACUGUCCACCAGAUUAUCACGAGCAGCGAAGGCUAGGUCAUCGCUUCCCUGUCGCUGUCAACUUCCAUGGUGGUGGUUUCACACUUGGUGCCGCCACGGAUGAUUCUCGAUGGGCGAAAAUAGUGCUGGACAAUGUCGGAGCCGUAAUGGUUAGUGUCAGCUACCGACGGGCUCCGGAGCACCCAUUUCCCGCGGCCGUAGAUGAUGGGGUUGAGGCGCUACUAUAUCUGGCAACACAUGCGGGUGAAUUGGGAUUGGAUGUGAGCCGUGUGGCGCUGAGCGGGUUCUCAGCGGGCGGCAAUCUGGCUGUCACAGUGCCCUUGCGGCUGCGUGGCAGAAUAUCCACAGAAGUGAACGAACAUCUAGGUCGAGCCGAUUCCACACAAAAUUUGCUCAAUCAGGUCAGCGAUCUCAACAUCGUUGCUUUGUUCUGUUGGUACCCGAUUCUGGACUUCGAAGAAUCUCGCGACCACCGUCGUGCUAUGAGUCUGAUGCCGGACAAGACUCUCCCUGCAUUUUUCACGACCCUCUUUGAUGAAUCCUAUCUUCCUGAUUUGGCUGAACGCGAUUCCCCCUAUGCCUCUCCAGUCCAUGCAUCUGACCGUAUACUGUCUGAAGCUAUUCCCCGCGAUGUGUUUUUCUUUAUCUGCGAGUGGGACAUGUUGAUGAAGGAGGGUCAAACUUUCGUUCGCCGCUUAGAGAGCCUUGGUAAACGCCCUCGUGCCAUGCUCAUCGAGAAAGCCAAACAUGCAUGGGAUAAGUCACCCAAUCCGUGGCGGGACCAACACAGCGUGGACGUUUUGUACCGCGAUGCCUGUGCGGACAUGAAGGCUAUCUUCGACCGGUGA